AGUAAUUAAUAUCAAUUAGUAUCAACAAAUCAGAGGGAUUUAGAGUUUUAAAUUUUAUUUUUACUAUUUCAGAGAAAUUAGAGUGGAAAAUGGACGAUGAAGAAAAUUUAGAAGAUUAUUUUGAGUUGGAGGAAGAAAUAGUUUACGUAGAAGAAGAAGUUCUAAAAGAUAGAGUUUCUGAUUUGCUUUCCGAAAAUAAUGCGCAAAAGAAAGCAAACAUUCUAGUUACAGAUAAGAGAAAUGAGGAAUUACAUCUUGAAGAUUUUGAGUUGAAGGAGGAAAUAGUUCAUAUUAAGGAAGAUAUUCUACCAGAGAAUAAUUCUAAUGCAAGAAAGAAAAGAAAAAUAUCAGAUGAAUCGAAACAUGGCUUGAUGGAAACCCAGAAAUUAAAAACCGAAAGAACAAAGAAGAACAAUGAUGAGAAAGAACGGAAAUAUUCCUGUAAUCAAUGUGAAUAUUCUGUAAUUGAUUAUUCGACUCUCAAAAGACACAUUGCCCGUAAACAUAGAUGGUUGAAAUACCACUGUGAUCAAUGUGAAUUUGUUACUGCUUCAAGAAAUUCACUAAAGCGUCACAAUGAGAAUAAACAUGAAGGUAUAAGAUAUCCCUGCAAUGAAUGUGAUUACGUCUUAACUUCUGCUAGUGGACUAAAGACUCAUAUUGACAGUAAACAUGUAGGAGUGAGAUAUCCAUGUGAUAAAUGUGAUAAAGAAUAUACCGCACUGGUAUGUUUGAGGAGACACGUGAGAAGCGCGCAUGAUAAAGUGAGGUACGAUUGUGAUAAGUGCAAACAUUCUGCAAAUGAUUAUUCGAAUCUCAAAGUACAUAUUGCAAGUAAACAUGAAGGGUUGAAAUACCCCUGCGGCAAAUGUGAAUUUGCUGCCAUUUCAAGAAAUGGUCUAAAGCAUCACAAUGAGAGUAAACAUGAAGGUAUAAGAUAUCCCUGCACUGAAUGUGAUUACAUCUCAACUUCUGCUAGUGGACUAAAGACUCAUAUUGACAGUAAACAUGUAGGAGUGAGAUAUCCGUGUGAUAAAUGUGAUAAAGCAUAUACCGCACUGGUAUGUUUAAGGAGACACGUGAGAAGCGUACAUGAUAAAGUGAGGUACGAUUGUGAUCAGUGCAAAUAUUCUGCAAAUGAUUAUGGGAAUCUCAAAAAGCACAUUGCUAGUAAACAUGAAGGGUUGAAAUACCACUGUGAUAAAUGUGAAUUUGCUGCCAUUUCAAGAAAUGGUCUGAAGCAUCACAAUGAGAGUAAACAUGAAGGUGUAAGAUACUCCUGUACUGAAUGUGAUUACAUCUCAACUUCUGUUAGUGGACUAAAGACUCAUAUUGACAGUAAGCAUGUAGGAGUGAGAUAUCCUUGUGAUAAAUGUGAUAAAGUAUAUACCGCACUGGUAUGUUUGAGGAGACACAUGAGAAGCGCGCAUGAUAAUGUGAGUUACGAUUGUGAUCAGUGCAAAUAUUCUGCAAAUGAAUAUGGGAAUCUCAAAAAACACAUUGCUAGUAAACAUGAAGGGUUGAAAUACCACUGUGAUAAAUGUGAAUUUGCUACCAUUUCAAGAAAUGGUCUAAAGCAUCAUAAUGAGAGUAAACAUGAAGGUGUAAGAUACUCCUGUACUGAAUGUGAUUUCGUCUCAACUUCUGAUGGUGGAAUAAAGCAUCACAAUAAGGGUAAACAUGAAGGUAUAAGAUAUCCCUGUACUAAAUGUGAUUACGUAACUACUUCUGCUGGUGGACUAAAGACUCAUAUUGAUAGCAAGCAUGUAGGAUUAAGAUAUCCUUGUGAUAAAUGUGAUAACGCAUAUACCACACUGGCAAGUUUGAGGAGACCCGUGAGAAGCGCGCAUAAUAAAGUGAGGUAUGAUUGUGAUCAAUUCAAACAUUCAGCAAAUGAUUAUUCGAAUCUCAAAGUACAUAUUGCAAGGAAACAUAUAGGGUUGAAAUACCACUGUGACAAAUGUGAAUUUGGUGCCAUUUCAAGAAAUGGACUUAAAUAUCACUAUGAGAGCAUUCAUGAAGGUAUAAAGCAUCCCUGUACUGAAUGUGAUUACAUCUCAAUUUCUGCUAGUGGACUAAAGACUCAUAUUGAUAGUGAACAUGUUGGAGUGAGAUAUCCAUGUGAUAAAUGUGAUAAAGCAUAUACCGCACUGGUAAGUUUGAAGAGACACGUGAGAAGCGCGCAUGAUAAAGUGAGGUACGAUUGUGAUCAGUGCAAAUAUUCUGCAAAUGAUUAUGGGAAUCUUAAAAAACACAUUGCUAGUAAACAUACAGGUUUGAAAUAUUACUGCGGUCAAUGUGAAUUUUUUGCAACUUCUAAAAUUGGACUAAAGCGUCAUAUUGAGACUAAACAUGAAGGUAUCAGAUAUCCCUGUACUGAAUGUAUUUUUGCUUCAACUUCUGCUGGUGGGCUGAAGGUUCAUAUUGACAGUAAACAUGGAGGAGGAAGAUUUAAUUGUAACAAGUGCGAAUAUUCGGGCGUUCUUUUACGUUAUUUACAAAGACACAUUCAGAGUAAGCAUAGUGACAUAAGUUACCCGUGUGACAGUUGUGAGUAUACCGCAUCAACUAAAAGCAUGUUAAAAGCUCAUAUAAACAGUCGGCAUUUAAAAGUUAGAUAUCCUUGUGAUAAAUGUGAAUUUGCCGCAACCAAAGUACACGGUCUAAAAGUACACAUAAAGACAAUUCACGAAGGAUUUAGACAUCUUUGUGAUAAAUGUGAGCAUACUGCUACCUCAUUAAGCGAUCUAAAGAGACACACAAGAAGUAAGCACAAGAGCUAAGCUUGGAUGCAACUGAGCAAUUGGGACAUAAACAUUUGUUUUGUAUUAAAAAGCAAAAAAAAGUUCUAGUUAAUCUGAUUAGGUUACGUAAUAGUGUACACCUACCUCAAAGCAUAAAUAAAAAUUGUGUUUCAAUAUUUGUAUUUUAGCCUUGUUCUUGUAUUCAAACUUUCUCUCAGAUUAAUGAUAACGCUGUAAAUAUUUUUAUUUUUUUAGAAAAAAAUGUUUCAAAUAUUAAUGACAGGACACCUCAUUAAGUUUGUUAAAAUGAAUGGGAAACAUCAUGAGCAAGAUCCGCCAUUCUGUGGAUAAGAAGAUACGCAUGAAAUAUAUAAAGUAGUAAUCACUGGUUGCUCAUUUGUUUGAAUGACCGAUCAUAACUCAUUAACUCCUUAAUGAAUUUGCCCUAAAUUUUGAAUAAUGACAUUUAGUAGAACCACGGGCAUGUUCUUAACAAUUUAAAGUUGAGUGGGAUGACUUCAGUGGACAAGUUUUUGGGCAAAUUGGGUUCCCUAGCUUUUAUAAUAAACAUGUCAUAACAUUUAAAAUGAACAUUUUCUAGAAAAAGAUAUUUUGUUAAAGAAACAUGAGAAGUGUUAAUGAUAAAGUGUUCAAAAAUUGGAUUUAAGUAUCAUAAUGAGAGUAAAAAUGAAGGUGUACGAUAUCCCUGUACUGAAUGUGAUUACGCCUCAACUUCUGCUGGCGGACUAAAAACUCAUAUUGACCUUAAACAUGUAGGUUUGAUAUAUCCUUUUGAUAAAUGUGCUAAGGCAUAUACCGCACUGUUAAGUUUGAGGAGACACGUGAGAAGCGUACAUGAUAAAGUGCAUACAUUCAGCAAAUGAUUAUUAGAAUGUCUAAAGACCCAUUGCUAGUGAACAUAUAGGAUUGAAAUAUUACUGUAAUCAAUGUGAAUUUGUUUGAAGUUCAUCAUAUUGAGAAUAAACAUGAAGGUAUAAGGUAUCCCUGUUCAGAAUGUGAUUUUGUCUCAACUUCUGCUGGUGGACUAAAGAUUCAUAUUGACAGUAAUCAAGGAUUGAGAUAUAAUUAUGACAAAUGUGAAUACUCUGUGGCUAUUUUAAGGUAUUUCCAAAACACAUUGAGGGUAAGCACAGAGACAUGAGUUACAUGUGUGAGUUGUGACUGUACCCCAUUGGCAAAAAACACUUCGAAAGCUCAUAUAAAGAGUAAGCAUGUAAAAGUUAGGAAUCCUUGUGAUAAAUGUGAAUUUUCUGCAACCAGAGCACACGAUCUAAAAGAACACAUAAGGACUAUUCACGAAAUAUUUAGACAUUUGUGUGAUAAAUGUGAACAAAGAUUUGAGUUUGAAUACAAUUGUUGACGCAAACAAAUUUCCUAUUUUUUUACAUGUGCUGUGUUCAUAAUUGGAAAAGGACUAAAUGAAUCUAAUUAUGUUGCUAUUUUAUAAAAAGUAGUAUCCAUCCUCUAAGCAUCGAAUUAUUUAGCGUUACAAUUUUUAUUUCAUUUAGUUAGUUUUUCUUAUUGUUAUUUUAUUUAUUUUUUAUUCAUUUGUAUUUAUUUUUUCUUUUCUUUUAUCUUUAAGAUUGUUCACAUUUAAAGGGGAAACUGACCAUAAUUCAUCGUCCUUGUUAUCGAGUUGAAGAUGCGUCAUAAUAUUGUACCCUCGGCAAUUUGAAAGAAUCUUGUUUGCAGUGCACACUUCAGGCAGACGCUGAACUCCAACCUUCGAGUUUGCGAGGUGGGGAAGACUUCACUUAGUAAAAAGCAUGAUUAAAGAGGGAUGACAUUUGUAGAUCGAGUUUGAAUCCUAGCUGUAGCGCUCGGCCCAGAAAGUGUCAUAACUUAACCUAACCCGUGGCCGCAGCGCUUGGCCCCCUAGCCUGCAGUCGGCCCCCUAGCGUGUCCUAGCCGCAGCGCUCGCCCCAGAAGGUGUCUUAACAUAACCUAACCAUAAAUAAAUACUAAUUUAAUUGAAAAUUAUUUAAAAAGGGGUCAUGUACAAAAAUAAAAUCUGCAGUGAAGCCUUCCCCCCCUCACACACUCGAAGGUUGGAGUUCAGCGUCUACCCACACUCACUCCCCGAUCUAGUUAUCCUAACCUAACUAGGAAAAUUUUGUGAACUGCAUCUACACUUACAGGACGCCCCAUAAAUUCGGACAAUUUUUUAACAGUUAUAACUCAGUCAGUUUUUAUAAUUUUUAAAAUCUGUCAAAAGAUUCGAUAUGAAGGUUUUGUAUUAACAAUUCCGCGGAAUGUUAUGCAGAAUACAAUCAAAUUCAGUUCUCCCAGAAGGUCGUUUGUUCUUGACUCACUUUCAUUUUUUAUCUAACCCUUGGUCUGGAUUUUUUCAAUCACCCUCUUUAAAGAUUUUUUUGAUAGAGAUUCUUCCUGUUUGUGAUUUGCUGGUAGACUAUUGAAAUCUUGUAAGCUGGGUUAAACUUGUAUCUGGUGAAUAGUUUUAAAUAAUCCAAAUCUGAGCUCCUUGAAAAAUACCAUUUUGUGGAAAUGGCAUGUAUGGUAAAACUGAGCUUUUUCUGCUGUAUAUUUUGCAGAUUUCUUAUUUAUUAUCUUAUUAUGUAACCUGCUAUAAAAUGUGUAGAGAAAAAUGUUAUAUUCUUCUAUCAUGUCACAUGAAAAAAAUAAACUCCAUAAACCAACAUGAAAUUAUCAUUUUUUUCAGAAAUAAUGAAUCCACUAUUAAGAUGUUUAUGGCUGAUAUCAGCAACACUGAACAAGAAAAUGAGUUUGUAAGGCUAUAUGAAAAACUCUCUCCUUCAGUAACGGGCAUAGAUGAAGCGAUAACUCGAGUAAAAAAGUCAAAAUCAGGAAGUGAAAAGUAGACACCUUGGUCACUUGUUGGAUGAAAUGUUCUUGAAGGAUUUUCAGCAUUUUUACUUUUUCUUUUUUACUUUUGAUACAACUUUUUAUCUUAAACAAAAAUGUGUUCUGCAUUAUUUUGUUUGAUUACAUUGGGUUUCUAAAAUUAAAUGCUGAUGAGUUCAGUGGGAUGACGUGAGAUGUUUUGGUUUACCGUAAAAUCCAGAGAUGAUUUCAAGGAUGCUCGAGGGGAGGAAAACUUAAGCUGCUAACUUUUCCAGAAGAAAUUCUGAGUUGUAGCAUUUUUCGAAAUGUCUUCUUUAUACAAAUAUACAAGAAAAGAUUCAUAUUACAGUUGCUCAAAAUCUUUUGACAGAAUGUAUAAAUUCCGAAAACUGUCAGUUAAAGCUGUUAAAAACUGUCAGAAUUAAUGGGGGGGGGGGGGGGGGAGAUUCUUGAGUUCUUAAAUUGAUUAUUUUAAAUAAAAUUUUAAUCUGGCUAAUAAUGAACACUUUAAUUCAGGAAUGAAAAAAUCGGAUGAUUUUGAUUUAAAUUUAAUACUAUUAUUACUAUUUCAGAGAAAAUUCAAGAAUAAAAUGAACGAAGAAUUUAAUCUGGAAGAUUUUGAGUUGAAUGAAGAAAUAGUUUACGUCAAAGAAGAAGUUCCUAAAGAGAACUUUUCUAAUGGACAAUCAGAAAUUGAUUCUAAAAAAGAAAGAAGCAUCUCGAGUAA